UAUUUGUUACUCCUAAUUUAUAGUAUUUGGAUAAUAUAUAAUACACUUGGAUAUUGUUAGAUAUGAACAUUCUACACUCAGAUAUUAGUAGGGAAGUCCAUGCUACACUUGGAUAUUGGUUGAAGUUUUCAAUCUUCUCUUAGAUAUUGACAGUUUGUGCUACAUUUGGAUACUGGUAGAAAAGCUCAUGCGUAACACUUGGAUUAUGUAACCAGUAGAAAAGUUCAUGAUACACUUUGAUAUUGAUUGAAGUUUUCAAUCUUCUCUUAGAUAUUGACAGUUUGUGCUACAUUUGGAUACUGGUAGAAAAGCUCAUGCUAACACUUGGAUUAUGUAACCAGUAGAAAAGUUCAUGAUACACUUUGAUAUUGAUUGAAUUGUUCAUUUUCUCACUUGGAUAUUGUUAGAACAGUUCAUUAUACGCUUGGAUACUGGUAGAAAAGUGCAUGGUACACUUGGAUACUGGUAGAAAAAUCCAUGGUACACUUGGAUACUAGUAGAAAAGUUCAUGGUACACUUGGAUACUGGUAGAAAAAUCCAUGGUACACUUGGAUACUGGUAGAAAAGUUCAUGAUACACUGAUACUGAUUGAACUGUUCAAUCUUCACUUGGAUAUUGAUAGAACAGUUCAUGAUUCACUUGGAUAUUGAUAGAAAAGUUCAUGAUAAACUUGGAUAUUGAUUGAACUGUACAUUCUACACUAAGUCUUGAUUAUUUAUAAAACAGUUAUAUUUAUAGUAGAACAGUUCCUUCUACACUUGGAUAUUUGUAGAAAAGUUCAUGAUACACUUUGUCAAUGAUAUUUAUGAACCUGUACAUUUUACACUUGGAUAUUAGUAGAACAGCUCAUGCUACACUUGGAUAUUAAUAUAAGAGUACAUUUUACUGAACAGUUCAAGCUGUACUUGAAUACAGGUAGUUCAUUCUAAAAAUGAUAUUUAUAGGCUGCACUGGACGGUGGAUAUCAGAGCGUAAUAUCACAAAAUAAUAUACGUAAUACCAUAACUGGAUGUUUACAGAGAAUUUAGCUGUUACAGGUUGAAUUAACCCUUGUAACAGCUUGUGUACAGAAACAAGUCAGAGUGCAAAAGACCUCAAAAUGUACAUGUCCAGUGUAAACUGAAGCAAAUACAGAAGCCGGACAGUUUAUUUGUAAGGUUCAGCGAGACACACUAUGACGUCUGGAACCUGACGAUGUCCUUAUAUGCCUCGCUUGCUUAUGUUAUAGCUAUAAUUAUCGGAAUGGUGCUCUACUAUUCAUUCCAAAAGCGGGAAAAGAAUGAGGCAGCUGCUCCAACAGAGGCUUUACUUAAGCGAAGGAAGCGUUUCCAGAAAACACCCUCAAUAUUUGCCGUUCUUGGUAUUGAAAGCAAUAACAAUCGCCGGAAUUUCUAUGCAAUCGAGGACCAUUUUUCCAGCUUUAGUGAAGUAAGUAAGGCUUGUGCAAAGGCCGGUCUGGAGCGCUGUGGACUCAUAGUUGGAGUCGAUUUUACUGCAAGUAACGAAUGGCAGGGAAGAAAGACAUUUCACGGAAAUAGUUUGCAUCGCAUCAUUGGCUCAAAAAUAUACAAUCCAUAUCAGAAAGUUAUACAUAUCAUGGGAAAUGCGCUAGAACCUUUCGACGAUGAUCGAAACAUUCCAGCAUUUGGAUUUGGUGAUAGUAACACUUUAGAUCAAAGUGUAUUUCCAUUCCAUUCUGAUGGAUCUCCGUGUAAAGGUUUUGUAGACGUUUUAGAGAGAUAUAACAAUAUCGCUACUAGAGUACACCUCAGUGGUCCAACAAAUUUUGCUCCAUUAAUUUAUAAAGCAAUAGAAAUAUUGAAAAAAGAAUGCCAUUAUCACAUACUUCUAAUUAUAGCCGAUGGGCAAGUUACCGAGGAAGACCGAACAAUUGAAGCCAUCGUGGCCGCCUCGGAAUAUCCGCUCAGUAUUGUUGUUAUCGGGGUCGGCGAUGGACCCUGGGAAACUAUGGAAGAUUUCGAUAACUUGUUACCUAAACGGAGAUUUGACAACUUUCAGUUUGUGAAUUAUCAUAAAGUGACGGCAAAAUCAAGAAAACCCGAAACGACGUUCGCACUUCAUGCAAUGAUGGAGAUUCCAGAUCAGUACAAAACGAUAAAAGCAAUGGGGUAUCUUGAUAAGAUUAAGAAAAAAACAGAUCUGAGACAAACAGAUGUGUGAUGCAAUUCCUGUGUACCAAAGCAUUUUGUGAUUUUUUUAGCAUUUAAGUUUAUGUUUUUUUUCCAGCAUUAAAAAUGCUAGAACAUAAUAUUAUGUGUGAAAUUUUGCCUCUUUUCAGUCUACGUAUGUCUUGAUGAAUUUACAGCAUAUUUAUAAUGUAUAAGAAGCAGCAGUGUAUAGUUUUAAUUUUGGAUUCUUUGGACAUUAGAAUUUUUGUAAAUACUUCAGCAUUUUAAAGCAUUCUAAAGGUGUUUCUGUUAACCUUUUACUGGACAUGAAAUAAAUGCGAUGUGAUAGUUUGAAGUAAAAGGCCCAAUACCUUUCUCUCGGGUAACUGUUUUAGCAGUAUUAAUCAUGAUAGCACUGCACUUUUUGAAACUAAUGAAUUUAUUACAUGAAAGGCUGUUAUUUUUUAAGCUUUUUAUUCCAUGAUUAUAGGGCACGGUUAUAAUAAUUUUCUUUUCAUUUCAAAUUAGAUAGAUUUUGCAUUUACAGUCAAACUUCAUUAUUUCGAAUUUGACAGGACCAGCAAAAUUUGUUCAAGUUAUCGGUAGUUCGGGCCAUCAAACAAUAUAGAUUAUAUAGGGAUUUGAGCAGGACCUGAUGAUCGUGGUGUUCGAAUUAUUUGAGUUCAAGCAAACAAAGUUCGGCUGUAUAUUGGUUUUAAAUAUUUGAAACAAUUCAUAAAAUAUGGAGAACAAUUUACUGUAGAUUCAGUAAAAUUUCAAAAGAUUUAUUUUCACUGAUAUUUAUGAUCAGAGCUACACAUCAAUUCAAAACUCUACUAAAGUAGAAACGACCCCAUAAGUGGUGUGGGCAUAUAGAUUUGGUCUUGUCCGUGCAUAUGUGUGUCCAUCCAUGCAUCCGUCCGUCCUUCCGAAGUUCAUGACGCGCCUAGCUCGAAAAGUAUUUGAUACAAAUUGAUGAAACCUUGCAUGAGUGUUUAUCAUGAUAUGAACUUGCACACCUCCUAUUUUUCGUCUGGCUCCGCCCCCUAUUUUCAGAGUUAUGGCCCCUGAAAUAGUCAAAAAUGCACAUUUUCACCUUGUGACACACCUAGCUCAAAAAGUAUUCGAUAUAAAUUGAUGAAACCUUGCAUGAGUCUUAAUCAUGAUAUGAACUUGCACACCUAUUAUUUUUCAUCUGGCUCCGCCCCCUAUUUUUAGAGUUAUGGCCCUUGAAAUAGUCAAAAAUGCACAUUUUCACCUUGUGACAUGCCUAGGUCAAAAAGUAUUUGAUAUAGAUACAUGAAACCUUGCAUGAGUCUUGAUUAUGAUAUGAACUUGUGCACCUCCUAUUUUUCAUCUGGCUCCGCCCCCUAUUUUCAGAGUUAUGGCCCCUGAAAUAGUCAAAAAUGCACAUUUUCACCUUCUGACACGUCUAGCUCAAAAAGUAUUCGAUAUAAAUUGAUGAAACCUUGCAUGAGUCUUAAUCAUGAUAUGAACUUGCGCACCUCCUAUUUUUCAUUUGGGUCGGCCCCCUAUUUUCAGAGUUAUGGCCCCUGAAAUAGUAAAAAUGCACAUUUUCACCUUGUGACAUGCAUAGCUCAAAAAGUAUUUGAUAUAGAUUCAUAAAAAACUUGCAUGAGUCUUAAUCAUGAUAUGAACUUGCGCACCUCCUAUUUUUCAUUUGGGUCCGCCCCCUAUUUUUAGAGUUAUGGCCCCUGAAAUAGUCAAAAAUACACAUUUUCACCUUGUGAUGCGCCUAGCUCAAAAAGUAUUUAAUAUAAAUGGUUGAAAACUUGCAUAAGUCUUUAUCAUAAUAUAAACUUGCACACCUCUAAUUUUUUGGCUGGCUCCACCCCCUAUUUUUAAAGUUAUGGCCCCUGAAAUAGUAAAAAAAUGCACUUUUUCACCUAAUUAUGUGCCUAGCUCAAAAAGUAUUUGAUGUAAAUUCAGGAAACCUUGCUGGAGUUUUUAUCGUGAUGUGAACUUGCACACUUGGCAUUCCUCUUGAGAAUCUUAGCUCUUAUUACAGAGUUAUGGCCCGUGAAAUAACCAAAAUAGUGGAAUUUUUGUUUGUGAUGCUCAUAGCUCAAAAAGUAAGGGGCCUAGAGUAAUGAAUCCUUUUCAUAAAAUGAUUGUUGAGGCUAUACCCCAUUAAGACUGCAAACAUUUGAAUUAUUGGCCCUCAUUUAUGACAAAUGUACCAGUGUGGGGCACACCCUGUGUCCUACAGACACAUUCUAGUUUCUGUUUAUGUUUACUGUUUUUCCAAACCAGGUCUGCUGAUAUAUUGACUUCUAAAGUUGGUGGUGUAACAAUUUUAUUUUGUACAUUAAGAAGUGGUUUAAUGUUUCAACUAGGGAUUUGAAAUGAAAUAAAUUCUGUUUGUUAAAAUCGACACCGUAAAAAUAAAUUGCUUCUUUGAUCUUAAUAUGCUUUGAAGAAUAUUUUAUACAGAAACCUAUUUCCUUAAAAGUAGUGACAGUUACAGGAGAAAUAUUUUGUAUGUAAAAACAGUCUUAAUUUGAGACAAAGUAAUUAUUACAGAUCUAAGACGGUCUGUUGAUACCUGCUAUUUUAUUACAUUAAGGACAUUAAUUAACAGUUUAAUUGUGCUAUUUAACUCCAGGUCUUUGCAUAAUACUAUUACAACUUGAAUCUCGGUAUAAGUCUUGUAGGAUUUUUUUUUUUCAUCUAUAAAUAAAAAAUUUGUAGCAAAU